AUGGCUGGUACUGAGAAAGAACAAAUACGAGAAGCAGCUAGAGAAUUUCUGGACUUUAUGGACAUUUUGUUAUCUCCGGCUUCGAAGGUUUUGAAUAAAUGUUGCAACUUCAAGAGGCAGAGAGAAGUAGAGGUGCCUUCCAUGAGGAUAAAGAGGCAAUGCAGUGUGGCUAACCACUUCAGUUUAGAAGCUCUCUCAAUGCCAACUCAGCUGAAGUUAAUUCAUGAUACUUUGAUAAUCAUUUCUUUUCUCUACGUGAAUAUGGCUUUCUAUGUUCUUGUUAGCAUCUGUUAUGCUUUGGAUCAACUUGAAUCGUUUAUGCUACUUCUGAAAUGCCAUAAUGAUGUGAAUGGUAAAAUUAUUGAGCUUCAUCAGGUUUCACAAUUGACGAUCAAGGAUUAUGGCACAGUGAAUGGGGGGAAAUCCUUUUUCAUGCCUCUCCGAGUGUUGCUAAGUGGAAAGCUCCACGGUCCUGAUAUGGGCUCUUGCAUAAUCCUUCUCCAUCAAGCUGGAACUCGGACAUUGUUUCAUCUCAAGUUGCGUUUGUGA